GCAGAGAGCGGGUCUCAGAGCGGCGGAGGGAGGAGGAAAAGGGAGCUUCGUUUUGGGGGGAGAUGGGGGUCCUCCUCCUCCGCUGGCCCCCCCUGAUCCUGGGGGCGGCUGCCCACCUGCUGCUGCUCCUGGACUGCGCAGGCUCCACUUCUCACUCCCUGCGCUACUUUGAAACAGCCGUGUCUGAGCCUGGCCAGGGGCUGCCCCAGUUCAUUGCUGUGGGGUACGUGGAUGACCAGCAAUUUGUUCAGUACGACAGUGACACCAAGGAGGCUCUGUCCCUAGUUCCCUGGAUAAAGAAGGCGGAGAUGGAGGAUCCUCAGUACUGGCACACAGAGACUCAGAUUGCUCAGGGCAAUCAGCUGGCAUUCAAGGAGAGUCUGCAGAAUCUGCGGAAUCGCUACAACCAGAGCGGAGGGAUCCACAUCAUUCAGCGGAUGUCUGGCUGUGAGCUGAGUUCAGAUGGGCGCAAAGGAGGAUAUUGGCAGUACGGCUACGACGGGAGAGACUUUCUUGCCUUCGACAUGGAGACCCUCACCUGGACAGCAGCUGAUACAGGGGCUCAAGUGACCAAGAGGAAGUUGGAUCCUAUCAUGGCCCUGAACCAGCGCAAAAAGCACUACCUGGAGGAGGUGUGCAUUGAGUGGCUGCAGAGAUACCUGGAGUACGGGAAGGAGACUCUGCAAAGGACAGAGGCUCCGGUGGUGAAGGUGACCAGGAAGGCAGACUAUGACGGCCCGGAGACCCUCGUUUGCCAAGUCCACGGCUUCUACCCCAAGGAGAUUGAGGCCAACUGGGUGAAGGACGGGGAGGUCUGGCAGGAGGGCACCCUCCGAGGAUUGGUCGCCCCCAACUCAGACGGGACCUACUAUCUCUUGCUCAGUGUCCAGAUCGACCCCGAGGAGAGGGAGCGCUUCCGGUGCCGCGUGGAGCAUGACAGCCUGGAGAAGCCUCUGGACGUGGCCUGGGAGAAGGAGCCUGUCAACCUGGGGCUCAUUGUGGAAGCCAUUUUGGGUGUCAUGGCUGCCAUCCUGCUGGUCUCUGGGAUCAUCUUCUUCUUCAUCCGCAGGAAAUCAGCCUACGAAGAAACCCCAACAAGUGACCAGGAGUCCGACAGCUCCGCCAGGGUUUCAUACCAGCCUGGUGUGUGAGAUGAGACCAGAAGGAGCCUGCCCAAGUUUGGCUGUGAAUUGCAGAGGCUCAGAGCUCCUGCUGUCGUUUAAUGCUGUUCCUUAAUCCUGGCUCUCACCCA